AUAAAAAAUAAACUGUUUGGCAGGCGAACUUGCGCAUGUUUCUGUUGGAUUUCAUUUCAGGCAUUCCUCUUUCAGUCGUGUUUCUGCUUUCUCAAGGAACAGGAUCGGAGUUUAGUCAUUGAGUUGCCGGUCGCCGAAGUCAAUAAAAGCCGUGUUUUAGUGCCUUAGAAAUGGAUAUUUAAAUUGUAGAGAAUGAAAAAGGCUUUAUAUUGAAUUAAAUUAGUUUGUCAUGGCUGUGAUAAGUUGGACUGGAAUAAAUUUCCUCGCAAAAAUGUAUCAGAAGCAGGGUUUCGCGUUAAUUUUGUUUUUCGUGCUAUGUAGGGUUGCAACUUCACACGACUCAAGGAGUUGUGAAUCGGCGAGAAAAGCGAUAGAGGACAAAUUGAAAGUACAGUCAAUAAAAAUUCCUGAUGUGCCACAAACAGGGGACCUAUGUGGCCAAUCCUGUUGUACAAAAGAAGUAGAAAGAGAUGCGUACAAAUUUAAUCAAUUGUUUGUAGAUAAAUAUAUUAAAAAUUCUGUUUCAAAGAUAUCUUCAAUUAUAGAAACGAGAGCUAGAAAAUUUGAUGACCAAUUUCAAGGAAUGAUGAAAACAUCGAAAAAAGAAUUUCACGACAUGUUCGAACGCACGUACGGUAAAAUCUACCUCAAAAAUUCCGAUGUCUUCAGUGACUUCUUCGACGAAUUAGAAACAUAUUACAAAAAAGGCUCAGUCAGGCUCUCGGAGACCAUGGAUACAUUUUUCGGCAUCCUUUACCAGAGAAUGUUUACUGUUAUCAAUGCUCAAUACACUUUCGAUGAAGGUUACCUCGACUGCGUCUCUAGCCACAUGCAGGAAAUGAAGCCUUUCGGAGAUGUCCCCCAUAAACUUGGAGUGCAACUCAGGCGUUCGUUUGUGGCCACCAGGACAUUUUUUAAAUCAUUGAUGAAGGCUGCGGAAGCUGCCGAUAGACUCGGGGAGUUAAAAGUGGGUGAAGAAUGUUAUAGGGAGAGUGCGAAAAUGAGGUAUUGUGGCAUUUGUAAAGGUGAAGAUGGUGGUGUGCCGUGUUCUCCGUAUUGUAUUAGUACGAUGCAAAAUUGUUUGAAGUAUCAUACAGAGGUAUCCAGUUAUUGGGACAAUUUGAUUGAUGCUAUUGACAAGGUUGGUGAUAGACUGCUUGGCCCAUACAACAUAGAAAUAGUCGUGGAGCCCCUUAAUAUUAAAAUCUCAGAAGCAAUCAUGAACUUUCAAGAAAGUGGUACGGAGGUUUCCAAGAGGAUUUACAGUCUUUGUGGCAAACCGAAUUUUAGCAGACCAAAGAGGCAAGCGGAUUACCCCGAUGCUUCCCAAGAAGGACCUACAACGGAAAUAAAGAUUGAGCCAAUGAAAAUUCCUGGUAGGAAGAAACAUAAAAAGACGAUGGCGCCCGUGGAGAAUACAUCCUCGCCAUUGGAAAAAAUUAUUACUGAUAUUAAACAGAAAAUUAAGGAGACCAAACAAUUCUGGCAAAACCUUCCGUAUCAAUAUUGUAACAACUUAUCAAUACUGAAUUCAAUAAAUUCGACAUCUUCCCAAUGUUGGAACGGAACAUAUAUAAAUAAUACAAUUACCCAAUCAAAAAUCAACUUAGGUGACCAUCCCAUACUCAAUGAGCAGACGUAUGCUCUUCAAGGUCUUACAGAAAAGCUCAGGAAGGCUCAUCAAGGUCAAGAAGUUGAAAUGGUGGAUGAUACAGAGGAAAUAUUAGAUGGUAGUGGAUCUGGAUCAGGAGAUGGACUUGAGGAAGAGGAAGAAGGAGAAACGACGGUGAAGGACGACAAGGAGCUAACAUUCGAGGAACCAAACAAGGAAGAGGAUGAAGUUCACAACAGGGCGUUCCCAAUAUCGACGUCGAGUAGUACGCGUGCUCCUGAAGUAGUCACAGCGUCUAGUGCAAAUACAAAUACGAACAAUAUGUCGCUUACUAGAGCGUUGAUAACGUACCUUCUGCCCAUGAUAAUGGCUUGGUUCGGUGGUGCCAUAACAAACUUGCUGUGAUAGGUUUAAAUAGUAGAUGGCGUACGAGAGCGAGAUGUUUUCAAUGAAAAGUUUAUAUUUUAAAGCAACAGGAACAUUGCUUACUAGAGCCAAUGAGUUUUAUUAACGUUUGUUAAAUUAUAAAGAAAUAUUGUAUGUAUUUAUUAUUAUUCAUUAUUAGGUAUACGACUAAUUUCGUUAAGCAGGGUAAAAAGUUUUAACUUGUUAUGAUCAAGUUAGUUUAGGUUGGAUUAUCGUGACACCUGUGCUAUAAAUAAAAGGUAUUUCCAUCUUACACAGAAAAGUUUUAUAAGUGAUAAUCAUUAGGUUAAUCUAAUAGGGCUUUUCAUUCAGUCAUUUGUUUCGAGCUUCUGUCAUGUGUCACAUAAUAUUAAUAUAUCUACGUCAUACGUUAUUGGUAUAUACUAUAUACCAAUGAUACAAACGUGAUACAAACCAAAGACGUAUGACGUAGAUAUUAAUAUUAUGUGACAAAUGACAGAAGCUCGAAACAAAUGACAAUCGAUGAAAAGCCCUAUAUAAAUGUGCUUUUUUUAAGAAAAUUUUGAACUUUUUCCGCCGAAUUCUGGUUUAUUUCUUGGAUAAUCCACUCAUUUUGAUAACCAUUCAUACUUUUUGCACAAUAUUAUUCGAAAUUUAGGAAAUCUGAUAUUAUAAAGUAAUUGGUAUUUUUAAAUCUGAUAUUUUUUACUAUCUAGUUAUUUUUGGCAAGUCUACUUUUCCAUGGGUUUUAAUUAUACUUUUCGAAUACUUACCUAUGUAAAUCGUACGAGGAAAAUGUCUUAUUAUGAUCUUUGAGACAUACUCUAUUCGUUUUGUUUAUAUGUAUACUUGUAUGUAUACUAUAUAUGAGUUCUUAUGGCGGUUCUCCACUAAGUGGACAGUUGCAUUUAUGUUUUGUUCGUGUUUUCUACUUCUCGAAAACAAAACCCAAACUCUUGUUUCCAUUAAGCGGACUACAUUUUGUUCAAGUUUUGUUUUCGGUCAUUUUCCACUGGUUGUGUCGAGGAAGUCAAAGUACAGAUUUUUUCUUCAAUAACCAACCAAUAUGUUUAGAGAACAAGAUUUUCUCCUCUUUUAUUAGGUCUUGGUUGUGUCCGGUCCAUACUGAAUUUCUUGGAAAAAAGAGUUUAUUCGAGACUGAAUUUCUUGGAAAAUGGUUUAUUUCUAACCUUUUUUUCUUCCACUUCGAUAUUUUUAAAUUAAGUUUUCUUAGAAUUUCUAUCCAGUUGGCGUCAAACUAUUGGGCAAUUUUUUUUGUAGAAAGCCAUUUUUUUAAUUCUAAUUUUAUAGUUGCCAUCCUUUUGGUACUACAAAUUCUGUGUUCGUGGAAUGGGUCUAUUAAGGUAGAUACUUCUUCAGUAGUCUACUGAUUUUGGAAACUUUGCAACCUCCAGACAUGAUCUAUAGUAAGACUACCACAAUACACACAACGUGACCGUUUCCACUAAACAGUCUCGAGUUUCAAAACACGUCGCAACCUUUUGGUGUAAUGCUUCCGAGCUGGACUCAAAAAACAAAACUCCAAUUAUUUCAAAACACGCCAGUCUACUUCCAAGUACAUAUUUGAAUAUUAUAAAAUAGUUGAUUCAAACAAUCCCACAUUACAUGGUAGUAGGGGCAUGUUAACUUAAAGCCCCGAUUCCAGUUUGACUAUAUCGGAACUCAUAAUUUUUGUUGUUUGAAUAUUGAAAGCAAGCAAUGUAUAACUGGCUUAAUACGAUUUGUGAAUAUGUUUCAGUGUUGUUUAACACAUCGACGCUCAAACUUCUUUAACCCGUCUGAAAAAUACUUUUUCUCGAGGUCUGCAAAGUAGGAUUCCGUGGCGGCGAUAACCUCCUCAUUCGACUCAAAUUUCUGACCGGCGAGUGACUUUUACAAGCUUAGUUAUUGGCUCCGUGCGUCUCCCCUCUACUUACAGUCACGUGACACGCUGUCAGAUUUUGUCAGGACGUUUUAACAUUAAGUCUUAUGGGAUUAUUUUGUUAAACUUGAAUAUUUUAUUUUGUAGUGAUAAUAACCGAAUACAAUUGUUAGAAUUCAUUAGUUAUUAAUUUAUAGUGCAACAAAAAUAUUUUCUUUUUCGUUAAUAAAGAUUUAUUGACAUAAACUGCGAUAGUGAGGUUAUGUAUACAAAAUCAAACUGAUAAUCCAUAUUGGAAAUAGAAGAAUUUAUAUCAGAUUAAGUGCGUUUUUACUUUCUGUUUAUAUUAAUACAUAAUAUCACUAGCAUGACACGGCAUUUUUUUUAAAUGUCUCAUUUAAACAUACACAAAGCGUCCUGAUAAAAUUUCAAAAACCGCCACCAUGAGCAGGUCGGUCGAUUUUGCUUUGACACUUUGUUAACGCUCAGAGCGAAUAAAAACAAAGUCACACGGGACAAAUCUCGAGAAUACGGAAGUUGGGCAGCAGAUCGUAGCCCAAUUUGGCCGUGACGACGUCACGUGGUGGAAGUGCACUUUUUUCUUUGCCAAAUGAGGCCGUUUUUUUUGUAAUUUGGCGUCUAAUCGGUGGCCCAAUAAUUCGCCAGCCCUGUAACCGUUUUGCCCUUCUCCAAUUAGUCAAUGUAGAUCACAGUUUGUGAAUUCUUUGGGACCUAGGACAGUCUUCGCCUUCUUCGGAGCACGUUCACCGGAUUAAGUCUACUGUAUCGCCUGUUCCUUGGUCUCUGGUGUAUACCAGUUGAUCCACAUUUCGUUGACGGUUACUAAACGAUAUAUAAACUCCAGAUUACGAUUAAAUAGCGGCAAACACUGAUCUGAAGUGGUCUCACGAUUGCGCUUGUUCGGAGUAAACAAACGCGCCACUCAUUGUGUUGACAGCUUUCUCAUAUCCUGCAUAGGGCUUUUCAUCGAUUGUCAUUUGUUUCGAGCUUCUGUCAUGUGUCACAUAAUAUUAUAUCUACGUCAUACGUCUUUGGUUUGUAUCAUUUGUAAAUACCAAUAACGUAUGACGUAGAUAUAUUAAUAUUAUGUGACACAUGACAGAAGCUCGAAACAAAUGACUGUGAAUGAAAAGCCCUAUUGGACGCACGCGUCGACAGCUUUCUCAUAUCCUGCACGCGGUCUUUUGAGAUGCCUACUGUCUCUGUCUCAGCUAUCUCGCGCACCUUCAUUCAUCAGUUUGCCAAUACGAGAUCGUGGAUUUUUAUCACGUUAUCCUCCGUGGUGGCCGCUUUCGGAGCACCUGGGCGUGGCUCGUCAAAAACCGAUGUGCGACCACGUUGAAACUAGUUUAAUCAAUUUUUGAUGGCUGUCAUCAAAGGAGAAGGGUCACCGUACACAACAUCCAAGCGCUCUUUGAGUUCGGUGCCUGAAUUCCCGGUUCCCUUCCAAAAACAAGAAUCGAAUCACCGACCGAUGUUGCUCUUUAUUCAUUUUUCUAAAAUUCGCGGACUCUACUGAAAUCUUGACAUUAGACGUCUACUGGAAUCUACUUCACCAUAGUAAAUUACGAUAGUGGCUCCAUCGGUCGGUGAGGUUAAGUUCUUAUCGGACCGCCAUCGAAUGUGCAACAAUAUCAGCACAACUUUAAUUUACAUUGAUGAUCUACGUCACUAAUAGUUGGUAGUGCCUUGCUGCUAUAUUGACAGAAUAGGUAACAUGAUGUUAGAUCGCUUGAUGACCCAGCCAUGACAGAAAAAGCUGGUAACAAAAAAUAAAUUAACUAAGAAGAUCACUUAACCAUGACUGUUAUUUUUUUACUUAUGUAGGGUUUUAUUGAUUUUAUUCAUACAUCCACGGUUAUAUUACUUUUAUCACCGUAUGGCUAUCUAUUUAAAGUAUACAUAUCAGUUAACUUAGCCUAAACGUCCUCUAUUUUUCCUACACUAUUUAACCAAAAUGAAUCAACUAUUUAACCAAAAUAAUUAUUUGCAUGCUAAUUUAAUUGAUAUUCCAUCUAGCAUUCGAAAAGUGUACAAUUAGAACUGAUCUCAGUAAUUGGACCAGUGUUCACAUGAACAUUUAGUAGAUAUUCGAAGAUUUUUAAGUUUUUACAUAAUGCAUCGUUAUAAUGCCCGAACAUAGAUAAAAAAGUAAUAAUUGAUUCCUUUUUAAACAUAUUCUAGUGUCCUGAAACUACUAUAAAAGUAUAUAAAUAUCAUUUUGUAGUAGUUUCAUGAACAUUCAUUAAGUAUUAUGUAAGAAAUGACAUUUUAAUUCUGGUAUUUUCAAUGAUUUUAAUGUAUAUUCUAUUUUCUACUUCAUAAAUUUUAGAAACUCUAGAUUUAUUCAAUAUUAUUUUUAUGCAUUUUUCUUUAUUUCCUGAGCAUGUUUGUAUUGAAUUAUCUGAGAUUCGUGAGUAGCUUAGGCUACGGCUCCACGGGCGAGAAAUUGACGCUAGUAGUAGCAGUAAAAUGAACUUAAGGUUCCGCGGAACGGAAUAGGAGUAGCCGAACUGUACCGACUACAGGACUUGUGCGUAGUGGGUUCAGUUCGGCUAUUCCCAUUCCGUUCCGCGGAACCUUAAGUUCAUUUUACUGCUACUGCUAGCGUCAAUUUCUCGCCCGUGGAGCCGUAGUCUUACUCGGUCGAGCUGACUGGCAUGUAUAACGAAACCGUAUUUAACUUUUUAAGCCAUACCUAGAAACUGGCUUUUUAAUUAUAGUGCCAUAUUGUUUAAAACAUAUUAUAUUAUUACCGUUUGGCUUUUUGUAUUCGUAUGAAAACUUAUGUUUUGAACAUAUUGUUUUACAUAUUAUGUUUGAACAUAAUUGUUAUGAACAUAUUUUCAUAAACCUUUUUAAGGAAUACCAGUGAAAAUGAAAACAUCUCAAACUCGCUUCAUCUUUUUAUUGUACAUAGUCAACUAUAUUUUGUAUAUAGAAGUGUUGAAUGUGAAUUUAUUAACGGAGGGACCCAAAUGCAUUUUUUAAAUGAACAAUAUAAAUGUGGCAUUCGUGUUUGAAAGAGAAGAAGACUACGUUGACUAUAAAGUAGUCAAAAAUGCACUGAGUGAAAUGAUAUUUUUUAAUAUUUAUGUAAUAUUGUGAUAGUAUUUAUGAGUAAAAAUUAUUCGUGAUA